CCUUUCUAUUCUCAAGCUUUUAUAGACUCAUCUACUCCUUCUUUUUAGUAGUAAAACGUACACGAAUGCCGAAGAUACAGCUUGCAGAAAACUAGGCUCUACAAAAAAGCCAGACAACGCAACCGAUCGCGAUUCAAUACUCAAGUACUUUAAUGAUAUGAGAGAGCAAAUAGCCAAAAACCAAGUUUCUGGAGGCCCUAGCUUUAAGAAGGCGAAAAAUAUGUACAAAUUGUUCUGGAACUGUACCACUUUGACGAAGGAUUAUGCGCAAAACUACGCAAUAUUGACACUAAAUACUGCUGCUGGUAGUGCCGCUUACUAUACUCUCAAGGCGACAACAAAUUGGUUUCAACCAGUCGUAAACUAUGGUCUUGACAAGAACCAACCGUACACAUCUGGCUUAGAUGAUUUCGCUAAUAUGGUCAAUGCGAAGGCUACGCAAAUUGCGUGCGCUUACAUAGAAGAUACUGCCGCUUCAGAGACACAUUACUCAUGCAUCUUCAACGUUAAACCAAUCAAAGGUCAAAGUAUUUAUGAGAAUGGAACUCCAUGUAAGAAGUCUGCGGACUGCACCACGUAUCCAGAUUCAUCUUGUGAGAAGGCUAAGGGGCUGUGCGUAUACACAGAAGACAUACCAGAGCCGGAACUGACUUCAACCAGUGAGACAACAACGACGGACGUGACUUCAACCAGUGAGACAACAACGACGGACGUGACUUCAACCAGUGAGACAACAACGACGGACGUGACUUCAACCAGUGAGACAACAACGACGGACGUGACUUCAACCAGUGAGACAACAACGACGGGCGUGACUUCAACCAGUGAGACAACAACGACGGGCGUGACUUCAACCAGUGAGACAACAACGACGGACGUGACUUCAACCAGUGAGACAACAACGACGGACGUGACUUCAACCAGUGAGACAACAACGACGGGCGUGACUUCAACCAGUGAGACAACAACGACGGGCGUGACUUCAACCAGUGAGACAACAACGACGGGCGUGACUCCAACCAGUGAGACAACAACGACGGACGUGACUUCAACCAGUGAGACAACAACGACGGGCGUGACUCCAACCAGUGAGACAACAACGACGGACGUGACUUCAACCAGUGAGACAACAACGACGGACGUGACUUCAACCAGUGAGACAACAACGACGGACGUGACUUCAACCAGAGAGACAACAACGACGGGCGUGACUUCAACCAGUGAGACAACAACGACGGGCGUGGCUCCAACCAGUGCGACAACUACUGCUGAUAUAAACUCAGACAAUGAUUACAUGACGGCUGCAGGAAGGAACAAAGCGGUGAAGACACAUAAUUAUAGGAGAACUUUGCUUGCAACAGGUCAAAUAAGAAAUGGUAAAAAUCCGAGCAAUGCUAAUUUACCAACGGCUGCAUUUAUGUCAAAAAUGGAAUAUGACAUGGACCUUGAAGCGCAGGCCAUAGAUUACGCCAAAGGGUGCUCAUUGAAAAAAUCAGACGAGUCAACAAGACCAGGAAUUGGUGAAAACGUUUAUGUGCAUGACACAGUGAUUACGGAUCAAGUUGAACUUUUCAAUACUGUUGCCAUUAGUUGGUGGACGCAAAUCUUCAAGGAUGGAAUCAACAGGCAAUUGAUAUUCUCAGAGAACCUGAGAGAUAAACAAGCAAAGAAAGGCAUAGAUCAGACAGCCUUCACUCAGAUGGCCUGGGCAAAUACCAACAAAAUAGGAUGCGCUGUUGUUGAUUGCUCUGGAAAGUCCUUCGUUGUUUGCCGCUAUAGCCCUGCUGGAAACAUUCUGAACCAAACAAUAUAUCGAAUUGGAAAUGUAUGCGGAUUAUGUGGCGGAACUUGCAGUCCGGAUGUUGGACUAUGCACAAUGACAUGAAGAAGACAGUAUUGAAGAACGACACUUCAAUAAACUCUGCAACAUUCCGCCUUUUUCAUAAUGUGUAAAAGUUUUAGAGUGCGAUGUAAACACAAGCAAGU